UUAAGCCAUAGAUAGAUUUAUUUGCGAUGGCAGGUGCAGCAGUAUCCUACCUGCUUCCACAUCUCGUGCUCCCAUCUACCAAUCUAUGCUGUUCCCAAUUGAGCCCCAUAAAUCUCACGCUCUCUCACCUCGCUUUUCGUCCCUCCUUCCUCCAUCUCAAAUACAAAAGAUGCCAUGGAAGCCGUAUUUGCAAUGGAAAGCCGAACGCUUCUUCGGGAAGAGAAACAGAAGAGAUAGGGGAAGCUUUCUUCGGCGGUGAUGAUGAAAUAGAGGAUGAAAGCGAGGAAGAUGACUCCGACAGUAGUGUGGAUUUGCUCUUUAGGUUUAUGCAGAGCAUAUUCAGAAAGGUUUCCAAGAGAGCUAAGAAGGCCACGCGUUCGAUAUUGCCCCAUGCAAUAGCUCCGCAGCUGGUUUCUUUUGCAGUGGAUGGAGUUCUUCUUCUGACUUCGCUUUCUGUUGUUAAAGCGCUUCUUGAGGUAAUUUGCACGCUUGGAGGUGUAGUUUUCUUUGUGAUCCUGUUGCUACGUGUGGUCUGGAUGGCGGUUUCCCAUUUCCAGUCAAGUGGAAGUAGUUUGAAUCAAGGAGGAAGCUCAUAUGGCACAGUACAACCCUCAAGUUGAUUUUAUAAUUGUUUCACAUCACUGUGUAUAUGUAAUCUGGUUAAUCUCUCAGUUCAUGCUCUCGUAAGACAUCGGUCAUGAGCUUAUUGUAGCAGAUUUCAACAUUUCAGUUGAACUUAUGAUUCUUGGACCAUUGGUUGAGAGAGGGCUUUGUGCUGAUAGCUGGAAGAACCCAAUGUUAAGAACUUCACCUCUGAAUAAGAUCAGGAAGUAAGGUACCAAAGAAAUGGGAUACUGUUAGAAUU